GGGGCAUCUCUAGUGGGGAACAAUGCAAAUAGCCAGAGGUACCCAGGCCCUGGCCUGCAAAUGGACUGGGGAGCUUCGCUCUGCCCCUUCGCUUGAACUGCGGACUGGGCUGGCAAUCCACAGCUUCCUGAGUUGUUAACCGUUUGGGCGCUGGAAGUGGAGACUCCCUCGUUCCUCGGGGGAAAAAAGGAUCUGCUGUUGAUUCUUGCGACUUCUCUGCAAGGGGUGGAGGGCUGGGAGCGUGGCUCAGCGUAUUGUUCCAAGCAAAGACUUCUACUUCUGUUUUUUUUUAAAAAAAUAUUGCAUUCUGGAUGGAAACCGCACGCUGCUGAGAGGAUGAACUUCCUUACGGAUCGGAGGACCAGCAGAAAGCUGUAGAAGAAUGUUUUGAUUCGAGGCACCUGUGAAGAAAGAACCCCUCGGCCACUCGGAUGUAAAAACCGACCUCGGGAACAGAAAAAACGAUGAUGAUGAGGCAGCCAGGUGGCGUUAAACAAGAGCUUUGCCUUUGUGAACACCUCGGAAUCUUGAGAUAGGAUCUUACACGUGAACAAGGUGAUGUCCAUCUUGUUUUAUGUGAUAUUUCUUUCUUAUCUCCGUGGCAUCCAAUCUACCAGCAUGGAUCAAAGGAGUUUGCCGGAAGACUCGAUAAAUUCUCUCAUUAUAAAACUCAUUCAAGCAGACAUUUUGAAAAGCAAAGUAUCCAAGCAGGUGGUUGAUAUUAAGAAUAGCACUGCAGACACAGUGAAGAAAGCUGAGGCCAUUGAGCCAGAUGUGGACAGUACAGAAAAUGCGAAAUUGGAUUUCCAGCCAGUUAUCUCGAUGGAUACAGAACUCUUGAGGCAACAGAGACGCUACAGCUCUCCUCGGGUCUUGCUGAGUGACAACACUCCACUGGAACCCCCACCCUUAUAUCUUAUGGAGGAUUACAUUGGCAAUUCUGUGGUGGGGAACCGAACUUCUCGUCGGAAGAGGUUUGCCGAAAGCAAGAGCCACCGCGGGGAGUACUCUGUGUGUGACAGUGAGAGCCGAUGGGUGACAGACAAAUCUUCCGCCAUUGACAUUAAAGGAAACCAGGUCACUGUGCUGGGGGAAAUUAGAAUGGGGCCUUCCCCAGUCAAACAAUAUUUUUACGAAACAAGGUGUAAACAAGCUAAACCCGCUAGAAGUGGCUGCCGAGGCAUAGACGAUAAGCACUGGAAUUCUCAGUGCAAAACGUCCCAAACGUUUGUGCGAGCAUUGACUUCGGAAAACAACAAACUCAUAGCUUGGCGAUGGAUUAGAAUAGACACCUCUUGCGUGUGUGCUUUGUCCAGGAAAAUCGGGCGAACAUAGGUCUGCGUCACUCUACUAUAUAAAUUAUUACGUCUAAAUUAUAUGAUAUGCAUGUAGCAUAUACAUGUUUAUAUUGUUUUAUAUAUUAUAAGUUGUCCUUAUUUAUUAAACGUCAGCCAACCUACGAGAUAUAUAGAAGCUUUCUCAGUAAAGGCGAGAAAAGGAUGGGUGCGUACCACUGGCAGCGCUACGUUUUCAUUACUGCUUGUGACCUUCCGCUUCUCUGCAGCUUUCCAUAACCUGCCUGUAAAAUCUUUCUGUAACAACAGUAUUUUUCAUUCAGUAUUGUCAAUCCAUUGACUGUCAUUGAGUUAAAAGAAAAAAACCUCUGUUAAAAGAAAUCGGAUUGAAUUGUUAAAAGAAAUUGCCAAGAUAUAUAAUUUGUGUUUAAUUAAAAGAAGUGUAACAGCUCCCCCCAUACCACCCCAGAAACUGAAUCCAGCAAUGUAGCCCAUAGCUAACAAGAGCGGUCCAGUCAUCGUCUAGCAAUAAAAUACAUUUUCUGUAUGCACUGCCAGAUUUACCAUUAGUGUUACAGUUUGUGUUUACUGUGUCGCUCUUCCCAAGUCACUUCUAACAAUCUUCCAGUUUAAUAUUUUUUUUCAAAUGCAUUUGUUUUCCUACUGGUUUUAAUGCUGCAAUUCCCCUUUAGAAGGCUCGGGAAAAAUCUAAAAUAUGUGUAACAGACUCUUGCCAAAACCGAGAGCAAUCUAUGCGGCUCAUUAAUAUAAUAUAUAAAAGAUGGAUUUCUUUUUUUAAAGCACAUUUUUAUGAUAAGAAGUUUUCAUCUCCUUUCCAAUAAUCCGUGUGAUUUGUGAUCUAUCACUAAACUGAUUUUCUUCAAGAUACCGCAGGGGAGAAAUCGUAUUCAGAUUUCAAGUGCCCCGCAACCCAAGCAAAGAAGAUACAUUCUCGUAGUGGACAUUAGAGCCAAACGACGGAGACCAUUUUGCACUGCCUUUAAUGGAGAAAGACAUCUGAAACAUUAAUCAAAGCCCAGGUUGUGUUGAACCAGAGCCCUGUAAAAAUGGAAUAAAAUGACAGGCUAUUAACAGGAGGAUUUCUGACUCACAGUGCAGUUACACACAAGGGUCCCAGUACAGUUUUAAUUGCUCACAAGUAAUCGUGGAUUAAGUGCAUCUGUGUGCAUACAAAUGCAUAUCUACAUCUAUGUUCAUUGGAUUGAAUCCUGUGCAAAAUGUCUGCUUGUUCUAGAGCUAAGAAGAAGCAAACAAAGGCUGUGGGAGCUGCUCGCACUAAGUCAAACUUACUGUAUUCCCGGUUGAUUUCCACUUGCACAAGAUCUUGUGCUACCGUAUCUGUUUCUAAGUUCUGUAGUUUACAGGGAAGAAGCAUUGUGGAAGAUUUGGUGGCAGCAGAACUCACACCAAGUAGUUUCUGUUUCUGUUUGUGCAUUGCUGAAUUCAAGCUACUGUGAGCUUGUAAAGCACUGUUAACUUCACGGAUGCUAGAAUGUGGAUUUGCAAUUCGAGUUGAAAUAUUUUCUGAUUAAAACGUUGCACAGUGGUU